AUGAAGUGGCUCCGCUCGGAAGAGAUGGAGUACAUCUCCUUGAUCGUCAACGAGGACGCGGCCCAUGACUGCGUCCAGAAGCUCGGCGACCUCGGCGUCGUCGAGUUCACGGACCUCAACCCGGAGCUCACGCCCUUCCAGCGGCGCUACGUCUCGUACGUCAAGCGCUGCGACGAGAUGGACCGCAAGCUGCGCUUCUUCGCGGGCGAGAUGGCCAAGCUCAAGAUCACGGCCAAGAGCGCGGGCAGCGUCGACUCGUUCCUUGCAGGCUCGGCGGACGUGCGCUACGGCAGCCAAGACACGGCCGUCCGCGCCCUCGACACGCUCGAGCGCAUCCUCGAAGACAAGGAGCAGGAGCUCCUCCAGCUCAACUCGAUGCACGAGAAGCUCACGCGCGAGUACAACGAGCGCAAGGAACUCCAGGAGAUCAUCUCGCGCGUUGGCGAGUUCUUUGAGAUUGAGCUCCCGGACGCGACGCGCCGCGACACGUCGUCGCGCGUCAGCUCGCGCACGGGCAGCAGCAUGAACUUUGGUGUUGGCUCGCCGAUGGACGCGUCCGAAUCGGACUUGGCCAUCCGGUUCAAGAACAUCACGGGCGUCGUGCCCGCGGACGAGCGCCUCAAGUUUGAGCGCAUGGUGUUCCGUGCGACGCGCGGCAACUGCUUCACGCGCUUCUCGGCCAUUGACGAGCUCCUCGUCGACCCGGGCACUGGCGUCGCGGUCGAGAAGCACGCGUUUACAAAGCUCCGCAAGAUCUGCGACGCGUUCCACGCCCGUCUCUACACGCUGCCGUCGAUGGACGACCGCACCGCGAUCGCCAACUUGAUCCAGAACAACAACGCGGAGCUCAACCAGAGCUCGCACAUUCUGCGCCGCAACCGCGAGUCGUGCGUGCUCCUCUGCCGCGAGCUCGCCGAGCACCACGAGUCGUGGAAGUGGUCGGUGCUCCAGGAGAAGGCCACGUACCACACGCUCAACACGUUCAAGGCGGACGUGAGCGGCAUGCUCCGCGGCGAAGGCUGGGUCGUCAAGGAAGCCUUGGACCAGGUCCGCCGCGCCGUGGACCGCGCCCACAACGCCGAUGACAAGUCGAUGCCGUCGCUCGUCGACUCGGUGCCCAAGCCGUGGCCGGUCGCGCCGACGCACUUUCAAACCAACAAGUUUACGUCGGCGCUCCAGUCGUUCGUCGAUACGUACGGUGUGCCCCGGUACGGCGAGAUCAACCCCGCGGUCUUCACGGCCGUCUCGUUCCCGUUCCUCUUUGGCGUCAUGUACGGCGACAUUGGCCACGGCUUUUGUAUCUUCCUCUUUGGCCUGUACAUGAUUGCGACCGAGAAGAUCCUCGAGCGCGGCAAGGUCGGCGAGAUGACGGCGCAGAUCUACGGCGGUCGCUACAUGAUCACGCUCAUGGGCGUCUUCGCCAUGUACGCGGGCUUUGUCUACAACGAUUUCUUCUCGCUGCCACUCAACCUCUUUGGCUCCAAGUGGCAGUACCUGGACAACUGCGAGGAGCUCGGUCUCAAGCACGAAAAGUGCGAGGCGUACUACCACUACGACGGCGUGCCCAACGGGACCGUCGAUGUCGCCAACGGCCACAACGUCUAUGGGUUCGGUCUCGACCCGAUCUGGAAGACGUCCGAGAACGAACUGCUCUUCUUCAACUCGUUCAAGAUGAAGCUCAGUGUCAUUCUCGGCAUCACGCAGAUGGGCUUUGGUAUCCUCAUCAAGGGCUGGAACGCGCUCUACUUCAAGGACUACCCGACGUUCUUCUUUGACUUCUUGCCGCAGCUCGUCUUUGCCGCGUCGCUCUUCUUCUACAUGGUCGUGCUCAUUGUCAUGAAGUGGAGCAUCGACUGGACCGAGCGCAUGAGCCACGAGGUGUGCCCGUUCAACUUUGAAGGCCCGGCCACCGGCUGCCGCCCGCCCGCGCUCAUCAACACGCUCAUCAACAUUGCCCUCCAGCCCGGCGCGGUCGCCGACCCCAUGUACGAAGGCCAGAAGAAGAUGCAGCAGACGCUGCUUGCGUUUGCGGGCUUGUCGGUGCCGAUCAUGCUGCUCUGCCAUCCGCUCUACAUGAAGUUCAAGUAUGGCAGCCCGGCGCAGGAAGUGUCGCACCAGGUCGACUUUGACAACCUGAGCGACGACGACGACCACGCCAAGCUCGCGCCCGCGGCCCACGGCGGCCACGGCCACGGCCAUGGCGACGAGCCGUUCAACUUUGGCGAAGCCGCGAUCCACCAGGGCAUUGAAACCAUCGAGUUUGUGCUUGGCAUGGUGUCCAACACGGCGUCGUAUCUGCGUCUCUGGGCGCUCUCGCUGGCCCACUCGGAACUCGCGACGGUGUUUUUCGAAAAGGCGAUGCUCUCGACCAUCAACAUGGACUCGUUCGUUGCGAUUUUCAUCGGCUUCGCGCUCUUCGCCGGCACGACGUUUGGCGUCAUUCUCUGCAUGGACGUGCUCGAGUGCUUCCUCCACGCGCUGCGUCUCCACUGGGUCGAGUUCCAAAACAAGUUUUACAAGGCCGACGGCAACAAGUUCCACCCGUUCAACUUCAAGGAGAUGAUCCGCGCGACGCAGUUUGAAGCGAGCAACUAA